AUGGAGAUGUACGGGAUGGGGACGCGGCGCGUUUGGAUCGGCGGGCUGGUGGAUCUGGUCCAGCUCCAGAUCCGGACGGGGACAGGGACGGGCCCGGCGACGGCGGCGGAGGCGGUCGGCGACGACGCGGCCGACGAGGACGACGGGCAGCGGGGAGCCAGACGGCGGCGGGAGGCGGCGGCGGCUUGCCGGAGAUGGCGGGGCGGCGAGGUCGGUGGCAAGGCGGGGCGGAGGAGCAGAGCUCCGGUGGGGCGCCGGCGAGGGGAAGGCGGCGGCCGGCGCUGGACGGUGCGGCGGCGGAGGGCGCGCGUCGAUGGCGAAACGCACGGCGGCGGCGGCGCGGGAUCCAGCGCAGGAGGCGCGGGUCUGCGCGGGAGGCGGCGGGCGGCGGCUCGAGCUCGGGGGGGCGGCUGCGGGCCGAGCGGGCCGCGGGCGAUGGGCGGCGGCUGCCACGUGGCGGCGCGCCACUGGCUGCGGGCGGCGGCGGAGACUCGUCCGUUUGAUUAG